AAGAUUUUACAAUGAUGUUGCCUUACAUCAUGGAAAACUAAUUUCAAGUGCUUGACUGAUGGUACCGAGGUUAUGGGUGACUAUACUGGUACAGUGCAUGCAUUUGGCUUUGGUAGAAAUGGAAUCGGGGCAUAGGAAAGCCUACUUGUCCUUAAAUGAAAAGAAUGAAAAAGUUUUAGAAGAGAAGUUUAUAGAUUCUACAGACUAUAUUGGAACCACUAUUGGUUCGAAUAAUGUUUCCAGACUAAAAACGAAAACCAAUUUCAGGUGCUUGACUGAUGGUGUCGGGGUUAUGGGUGACUAUAGUGGUGUAAUGCUUGCACUUGGCUUUGCCCCGCGUGUCCUGCUCUUCUUCUUCCUCCCGACCCCUGCAACCCGAGAAGCUCCCCAGCCACCGCCACCCAUUUCCGGUCGGGAAUAUCGGUAAAACUUGGGGAUUUCUCCCUAUUUUCUUGUUCUAGAACACCUGUUAAACCCAGAAUUUUCCAGAUCUGCGUUGCUCUGUGUCUUCCUCCCCUGCUGUCCGCGAGUUUCUGCUGUGUGGGGUGCGAUUUCUGGACUUUUUUCGGGUAAGGAAACAGCCAUGAAUUCCUCUUUUCAUCCUUAAAUUGGCUUGGGUUCACUUUAAUUUCCUUUGUUUCCUUCAAUUGCCGGUGGUUCUCCUCCAAAAACCCAUCGGUUUCCUUCCCAGCCAGAACCGGCCUUUACUUUCCGAAAAUUCUGGAAGCGAAACCAAGGACAGGGAAACCGAGGGGCGUGACGAGGUAGAAGGCUAGCCAUUCUAAUUGGAUAUAAGUUUUAGGUUUUAUCAUCCUUUUGUAAAGUAAAUUUUAUUUGUGAGAUUUUGUGAUUUGAAUAAGUUCCGAGCCUUAUG